AUGACAUGGACUCCAACAACUCCACUUGGAACUUUGUGGAAAUUCGAUUAAAACAGUUGAGAACCAGCGAUGAGGAUGUAACCAAUGAGGAGUCGCCACAAGUCUUUUGCGAAAAGAGACGGCCAUUGGUGACUUACAGUUUCACACUCUCUGGUAUCAUCGGACUAUUUAAGUAGGAAGAAGGCAAUGAGGAGCUGCCACAAGUCUUCUGCAAACAGAGACGGCCAUCGGUGACUUGCAGUUGUUUCACACUCACUAAAAGGGUCCCAAUCCCAUCUCUUCUGUAUCAUCGGACUGAUGAAGUAGGAAGCUUUGACAUCUGUGCCAUCAUUUCUGAUCAUCAUCAUCAUCUAUAUCUCUUUGAUUUCCGCAGCUUUACCAGAUAAGUGCAUGCACUUGUUUCUUCUUCAAAGGCGUUGACUUGGAAGCAGAAAAUGAAGCUGGUUCCAAGAGAGCUUGACAAAUUGGGCCUCCACAAUGCUGGGUUUCUAGCCCAGAAGAGACUUGCUCGUGGGUUAAGGCUCAAUCACCCUGAAGCUGUUGCACUCAUAGCCACUCAGAUAUUGGAGUUUGUUAGAGAUGGUGACAAAUCUGUGGCAGAGUUGAUGGAUAUUGGGAAACAGCUUCUAGGGAGGAAGCAAGUUCUUCCGGGUGUUCAAUAUCUAUUGGAUAUGGUGCAGGUCGAGGGGACGUUUCGUGAUGGGACCAAGUUAAUCACCAUUCAUGAUCCAAUUUCUUGUGAUAAUGGAGAUCUGGAACUAGCUUUAAAGAACUCUUUUCUUCCUGUUCCCUCAAUUGAUAAGUUUCCAGAAAUGGUGGACGGUAGAGUUCCUGGUGAAAUAAUCGUCAAAGGUGGUAAUAUUGUAAUUAAUGAAGGAAGGAAGGCAAUAAUUCUGAAAGUUGUCAAUACUGGAGACAGGCCAGUUCAGGUUGGCAGUCACUAUCACUUUAUUGAGGUCAAUCCCCACCUGGUCUUUGAUCGAAUGAAAUCAUAUGGUAUGCGCCUGAAUAUACCUGCUGGAACAGCCAAGAGAUUUGAGCCGGGGGAAUGUAAACAUGUCGUACUUGUAAGCAUUGGAGGUAAUAGAGUAGUCAGAGGAGGAAAUGACAUUGUUGAUGGUGCAGUACGAAGCCAAGUUGGAGGUAAUAGAGUAGUCAGAGGAGGAAAUGACAUUGUUGAUGGUGCAGUACGAAGCCAAGCAGUCAAGGGAGCUUUGGAAGCCAGACAAUUUGGGAAUGAAGAAGAACCAAAUGCUAGGGAAGGUGUUGCAGGAAUAGAUGCAGCUUUUACCACUGUAAUUUCUCGUGAGUCAUAUGCAAACAUGUAUGGCCCUACUACUGGUGAUAAAGUUCGGCUCGGUGAUACCAACUUGUUUGCUGAAAUUGAAAAAGAUUAUACUUUUUGUGGGGAUGAAUCUGUAUUUGGAGGUGGCAAAGUUAUAAGAGAUGGAAUGGGCCAGUCAUCAGGGAAUGAACCAGCUGACUCAUUGGACACAGUUAUAACUAAUGCUGUAAUCAUUGAUUAUAGUGGGAUCUUCAAGGCAGAUAUUGGUAUUAAAGAUGGUCAUAUAGUUGCCCUUGGGAAAUCAGGCAAUCCAGAUGUUAUGGAUUGUGAACCUAGCAAUAUGAUCAUUGGGGUUAACACAGAGGUCAUUGCAGCAGAAGGACAAAUUGUGACUGCAGGAGCUAUAGACUGUCAUGUGCAUUUCAUAUGCCCUCAGUUGGCAUAUGAAGCCAUAUCAAGUGGUAUCACAACCCUAGUGGGAGGUGGAACAGGACCUGCUACGGGGACUCGUGCAACAACAUGCACACCAUCUCCAUUGCAAAUGAAGUUAAUGCUGCAAUCAACUGAUGAAGUGCCUCUAAAUUUUGGCUUUACAGGGAAGGGGAACAGUGCCGAACCUGAUGGGCUAUGCAAGAUAAUCAAGGCUGGAGCAAUGGGUCUGAAGCUGCAUGAAGACUGGGGCACAACUCCUGCUGCAAUAGACAAUUGUUUGAGUGUUGGAGACCAAUAUGACGUCCAGGUUAAUAUCCACACGGACACCUUGAAUGAAUCUGGAUUUGUGGAACACACAAUCGCUGCAUUUAAAGACAGAACUAUCCAUACUUACCACAGUGAAGGUGCAGGUGGGGGUCAUGCUCCAGAUAUUAUCAAAGUAUGUGGUGUGGAAAAUGUCCUGCCCUCAUCAACGAAUCCCACACGGCCUUUCACCUCCAAUACUAUAGAUGAGCAUCUUGAUAUGCUGAUGGUUUGCCAUCACCUUGACAAGGACAUUCCAGAAGAUGUAGCUUUUGCUGAAUCAAGGAUAAGAGCUGAAACAAUUGCCGCAGAAGAUAUAUUGCAUGAUAUGGGGGCAAUUAGCAUGGUAGCUUCUGAUUCACAGGCUAUGGGUCGCAUUGGAGAGGUGAUAACCAGAACUUGGCAAACUGCUGACAAGAUGAAAUCACAAAGAGGGUCAAUAGAACCUAGUGGAUCCAACAAUGACAAUUUCCGGAUCAAGAGAUACAUUGCAAAGUACACCAUAAAUCCAGCAAUAGCAAAUGGAUUUUCUAAAUAUGUUGGUUCAGUUCAGUUGGGCAAGUUCGCUGAUCUUGUUCUAUGGAAGCCAUCUUUCUUUGGGGCAAAACCAGAAAUGGUGGUCAAAGGUGGUGCAAUUGCAUGGGCUAAUAUGGGUGAUCCAAACGCAAGCAUCCCGACACCUGAACCGGUCAUUUCAAGACCUAUGUUUGGUGCAUUUGGCAAGGCUAGUAGUGCUCAUUCCAUUGCCUUUGUCAGCAAGGAAGCUAAAAGAAUUGGGGUUAAAGCCUUGUAUGACCUGAACAAGAGAGUGGAAGCUGUGGGCAAUGUUAGGAAGCUCCGCAAACGCGACAUGGAGCUCAAUGACGCCCUGCCAAAUAUUAAAGUUGACCCAGAGACAUACACGGUGACAGCAGACGGCGAGGUUCUGACCUGCAGUGCAGCCACCACCGUUCCCCUAUCCCGGAAUUACUUCCUGUUUUAGGCUCAUUAUAACUUUUUCUUGGAACCUCUCCCACUUGUAUCCCAAAAUGCUGCUACUUAUCUUUUGGCCAAUGUAAUAAUGCAAGCCUAACAAACUUCUGACUCCCAUAUGGCUAUUGCAUGUUCUAAGAAUCUGGAUGCAUUUAUGUGGUUGCUGAAAGCAAAUCUCA